GACAUAGUCACUAUCAUAUCAUUGUCAUUAGUACUACUACUACCUAUAGGAAGUAAAAUUAUACACACACUCACACACAGGUUGAAAUGAAGAUGGAAAUCAAAGAGGAUGAUGUUGAAGGUGGUGGUAAGCAGAUCAAAGGAGGAAUAAGAGAACCAUUGAUACAUGCAAGCAAAGAACAACAUCAUCAUGAUCAUCCAUGGAUGGUUUACUUCACCACAUUCAUUGCUGUUUGUGGUUCUUAUGAAUUUGGUGCUUGUGUUGGAUAUUCAUCUCCAACUCAAGAAGCUAUCAGGAAGGAUCUUAAUCUGUCUUUGGCAGAGUACUCUUUGUUUGGCUCCAUCUUGACUUUCGGUGCAAUGAUUGGCGCAAUAACAAGUGGAACUAUUGCUGAUUUCGUUGGACGAAAGGGGGCAAUGAGAGUGUCGAGCGCUUUCUGUAUUGCAGGGUGGCUUGUUAUUUACUUUUCUCAGGGUCCUGUGCCUUUGGAUAUUGGGAGACUAGCAACAGGAUAUGGAAUGGGAGUUUAUUCAUAUGUGGUUCCUGUAUUCGUAGCAGAAAUUGCGCCAAAAGAACUCCGAGGAACCUUGACUACCUUAAAUCAGUUUAUGAUUGUUAUUGGGGGGUCUAUGUCAUUCAUAAUUGGAACAGUACUUUCAUGGAGGGCUUUAUCUAUAAUCGGUCUUAUUCCCACUGCUGUGUUGCUUUUGGGUUUGUUCUUAAUUCCAGAAUCUCCUAGAUGGCUGGCAAAGAGAGGAUGUGCGAAAGAUUUUGUGGCAGCAUUGCAAAUACUUCGCGGUAAAGAUGCUGAUAUAUCUCAAGAAACAGAAGAAAUUCAGGAUUAUAUAACUAGUUUAGAACAGCUCGCAAAACCAAAGAUGCUGGAUUUGUUUCAAAAAAGAUAUUUACGCUCACUCACGAUUGGUGUAGGUCUUAUGGUUUGCCAGCAACUUGGUGGAAUCAAUGGAGUUUGCUUUUAUACUAGGAGUAUUUUUGAUCUAGCAGGAUUUCCUUCCACGACGGGGAGUAUAAUUUAUGCUAUCAUUCAGAUUGUAAUCACGGGUGUUGGAGCAGCUCUCAUAGAUAAAGUAGGCAGGAAGCCGCUACUAUUGGCAUCUGGAUCAGGAUUGGUUGCAGGAUGUAUAUUUACCGCAGCUGCAUUCUAUCUUAAGGUUCAUGAUGUCGGUGUGGGAGCAGUUCCAGCACUUGCCCUUACCGGCAUACUGGUCUAUGUAGGAUCUUUUUCAAUAGGAAUGGGAGCAAUUCCAUGGGUCGUGAUGUCUGAGAUAUUUCCUGUAAAUAUUAAAGGGCAGGCAGGAAGCAUAGCGACGUUAGUGAACUGGUUUGGCGCAUGGUUAUGCUCCUAUACUUUCAACUUUCUCAUGGGUUGGAGCUCCUAUGGUACAUUUGUUCUUUAUGCUGCAAUCAACGCGCUAGCUAUAUUAUUUAUAGUUUUAGUAGUGCCAGAAACCAAAGGUAAGAGCCUUGAACAAUUACAGGCAGCCAUUAACGCGUAGGAGGUUUGCGAUUUGCGGUGUUUUGGUGAAACAACAAAGGAUGCAAGUUGAUGAAUCACUAGCAGUAUUUUUUGUAGUUUUGAGAGGAAAUACAACUUUUAAUCAAACAUUACAUCCAAGAAUUACUUAUAGGGGACUAGAAAACAUGGCAAGUUGUUGAGAAGUUACCUUAACCCUUUUAAAGGGUUUGCAGAGGCUACCAUAUAAUUAAUUAAUUCGGAAAGUACCAAACUGUUGUUAAGUAAUAAAAAUUCGUAUUUACUGGUAUUGUUCUUAUGUUUAACUAAACAAAUAAAUUAAUUUAGGAUCAAUAAAUAACAUGCGGGGUUUGAGACUUUUGCAAUAAAAUUGAAACCAGAACUUUUUAAGAAAAAAAGAGCCACUGGGAAUUAUUUAGAAUCUCUCUUUAUCCUUAUAUGUUACAGCCUUACAGGUAUUCUACGGUUUAGCCAUCAACAAUGAAAAGAUUAUUCUAUAAGUUGGCCUAAUUUUUUUUCU